UUCCGAAGAAGGGCCCAUCACUUCUAUACGAGUACCGGGGUGCCAGUCUAGUGCUCACGUAUUUAACAAACCAAAAAAAGCGACUUCUUUCCCGCUAGUGUUCGCAGGAUCUUCGUGUCAAGCUACAACCAAUCAACAGGCAGGAUGACUAAGCUACUUACUGGUGGAGUUUUGGUGCUGCUCGUGGCCGGUUCGUUUGUGUCCGGAUCGCUGUUCGGUCCGUUCGGACCGUUCGCCCCCGCCGGGCAACUUCCGGGAGCGUUGGCUCCGGGCUUUGGCGGUGCGGUUGGUGGAUACCCGGGUGCGCUGCCAAUGUACCCGGGCCGUCCCGGUGUUGGACAGCUUCCACUGUUCCCGCCCGGUCUGUACCCACCGGUGGCUUACCUGCCCGGUGCGGUACCACCGACUCCGGUCGCUCCGGCAGUCUUCGGCCGUGCCUUGGUGGGACCGUCGACGGUGGCUCCGGCCGCCGCCACCGGUAAUCUACGCAACGUCGCUACCAACGCGGAUGUGCUUGGCCGUCUAGCGGUCGCCGAUCUGCCGGAGGAUUUGCAGCAGCGCGCCCAGGACCUGCAGACCGCCAGCGACCAGGGCUUCGAUGCCUGCGAACAGCUGCUGACGACGACCGGCGGUUCCUACUGGCAGUACAAGCGCUGCAAUGCGCUCCAGCUCCGCACGGUACUGACCGCAGCGAAGGCACUCGAACAGGAGGCCACCGCACGCGCCACCGCUGCCGCUGCCGCAGCCUCCGCCGACCAGACGGCUGAGGCUGCACCGGCCACCGUCUAACCGUGUAAGCCGACUCGACUGAAACGAAGGCGCGAACGGAUCACCUCACAAGACGUGUACUG